UCAAGGCCCACAACUAAUGGAUGCAUCCAAUCGAGGCCCCUUCCGCUCGAAGCACCUGGAUGGAUGCUCAUUAUUGAGAACACAGGGAAGCUAGCUUUUCCCCGCAUGAAGACCACGAGGUGAUGGCAGGUUCCCAGACUAAGAGAUCCGUAUUCCUUAGCGAGAAUGAAACGAACUCAAAUCUCGACGUUGACUUUCGAGUAUAAGAGUCGCAAGUCCUGAUCCAGAGAAGGCUUGUCUGGCGAUCGAUUUCUGCAUGGGUGAAAUUUCGCAUAGCCCUUCAUCGCAUAAGUUGAACAUCAUGCCUGACACUUCCACUGAUGACAGCGAGGUAACCGAAAGCGUGGAUACUCACACCACGGCCUCCCACCACUUCGACAAGCAGCUCGCUGAAUACGGUCCAUUAGCUCAUGUGCCCACCGCGGGAACAUAUCUCCCGGCGUUCGCAGGGGAGUUACAGCCUGGGCUGUACAAGCCAGUCAAAGAGCGCAAGAUCGCGAAUCCUGCCCCGCUAGGACUAGCUGGCUUUGCCCUGACCACCUUUGUCCUGGGAUGUAUUAACAUGCAGACGCGGGGGAUCACUCAACCCAACAUGGUGGUUCCGCUGGCUUUCGCUUAUGGCGGCCUGGUGCAACUUCUCGCUGGAAUGUGGGAAAUGGCCGCCGGCAAUACCUUUGGUGCGACGGCACUCUCCUCAUAUGGGGGAUUUUGGAUCUCUCUGGCCAUGAUCUUCACCCCCGGGGGAUUCGACAUCGAAAGCCACCUCAAGGCUGCGGAUAAUGGGUCUGUGGGCAUGUUCUAUAACUCUUUCGGGCUGUAUUUGAUGGGCUGGUUCAUCUUCACCUUCUUGCUCGUGACCUGCACAGUGAAGUCUACUGUCAUAUUCUUCUCCCUGUUUGCCGCUGUCGACAUUGCCGUGCUCCUCUUGGCGGUCGGCUACCUUCAUCGCCCCGGCGGCGCACCCUACACGCCUCUGCUCAAGGCGGGAGGGCUGUUUGCCCUCCUGGGGGCCUUCUUGGCGUGGUAUAUCUGUCUGGCGGGCAUUGCCGACACGAGCAACAGCUUCUUCAUCAUCCCCGUCUGGCACUUCCCUUGGUCGGAGAAGGGGUGGGAAUCGAGGAGAAGAAAGUCUGAAGCUGUUUGAGGCAGAUCUUGCCCCAGCUCAUGCGGGGAUGGUGGUAGGUUUAUCGUGUAUGAAACUCUUUCAUUCACAUUCGCUGGCGACGGAUGGAUAAUUCCCGUAAACUAGAUAAGCAAGAUAUAUUGCCGCUGGGAACCGCCUACCGCUUCUCCGCAAGCAAAAGAAAUCGCGCAAAUCACUUGACAGGGCAAAAAAGGGAAAAAAAAAACAAAAAAAAAAAAGAAAUAGCCA